GAAGGGACGAUGUACAAUGGAAGAAAUGUUCUAUAUCAUAUAGGUGUAUAUACAAUUACUUCGUAUUUGAGUCCAUACUGUUUUAUCGACGUGCAACAACGACGACAUUGUCUAGUAGCAGAAGCGACACAAGGAGCAUGAUUCUUCCGGAAAUUUCAAAAUGGACAAUGGACUAUCCUCUCGAGCAUCAAAUCCUGCGGCCUAUCCUGAGUUCGAGAUCGACCAAAUACAGACCAAAGUCCCCCAGCACCCUUCUCAACCACCAAGGAAAGAAGACCUAGCCAUUCCCUGCCCAACGCACCAGACACCCCGUAAUGAGGAAAUAAAGAUUCCUGUUCACCAAGACGGUACUAUGUCUUGAAUGCUGGUUCUGGCGAAUCUCAAGUCCCUCGUGGCAUGUCUCAGCCGAUUUGGGUCACGUCGCAACCCUCACGAAGCGUACUUUAGUCGUCCAAAGUCAUUAAAUAGCACUUCGCUGGUCUUUUGUAAGUUUCAUAUGGGGCCCUACAACUUUGAAGCAGCAAAGGCAGAUCCAAGAAGCCGUGAGUGAGUAUUCAAGGCAAAAGCGUUCUAGAACCCCGUACACUCGGCUAGCAAGUUGAACCCCCGCCUAUAACGGGGUUCCUUUGCGAAUUAUAGUUCUUCUCCUCCUUCUUCUUCCCCUGUCGUGGCGCAUGGUUGGGGAUACUUGGCUCUCUUAGUAGGGUAUCGUUCGGUUAGCCCUGCAUCGUCGUGCAGAACGCAGGUCUCACUCCAAGAGACACUAGAAUGACUAGCAGACACUGUGCCUAGUCAAGUGCGAAUAAUAUGUGAUUAGGGCUUGGAGCCAGUAAUAUCCCCGGCGGGGGGGGGGG